AUGGGAGUUUGUCUUCGCAAACAAAACACAGUAAAAGAGGAAAACACUCUCCUCUGUCUUAAUGAAGGUUUGUCCUCCACAAUUCGGAACGUUCCAAUACGAUCUAUAUACAAAUUAGGUAGAAUACUAGGUACUGGACAUUUUGGGGUUGUAAAAGAAGUCCAAGUUAUCGGGUCAGAAGAAAAAGCAGCCAUAAAGUUUAUUUUGAAAGACUUGGUCGAAGAUAGAAUAAAUUCGUUAAAACAAGAAAUAGAAAUCCUCAAAAGAGUUGACCACCCAAAUAUCAUAAGAUUCUUUGAAGCCUAUGAAGACGAAAGAUAUAUAUAUUUAGCCAUGGAACUAUGCACUGGCGGAGACCUGUUGCGAUUGAUGACUAAAAAUGACCACAUUGACGAAAAUAAAAGCAAAAUCAUACUCAGACAAAUGCUGCUAGCUAUAAACCACCUUCACAAUAAUAAUAUAAUCCAUAGAGAUUUAAAGCCUGAAAAUUUUCUCUUCGAAAGUGAAGAUGAUAAUGCAGCUCUAAAACUCGUAGAUUUUGGCCUAUCAUCGAAGUUCAGGAACAGAAGAAUGUCAAUGCACAAAGCAGUUGGGACUGUUUAUUAUUUAGCUCCUGAAAUGAUAAAAGGCGCUUAUAAUUUUAAAUGUGACAUGUGAAGUAUUGGGGUUAUCAUGUUCGUCAUGCUUUCUGGAAAAUUACCAUUUUGAUCGAAAUUUGAUUGUGAGACUUGCCAUCAAAUUUUAAAUGGUGCCCCUGAAUUUAUUGAACCAAUCUGAGAAAACAUUUCCCAGGAAGCCAAAAACUUGCUAUCACAUUUAUUGUGCAUGAAUCCCUCGGAUAGGUUUUCAGCAAGUGAAGCUUUAGAUCAUCCUUGGUUUAACUCGCAGCCAAAGCCAAGAAUUGUUAUGAAUCAAUUUACUAUUGAUGCAUUGAAAGAAUAUAGCAAAAUUUCUGCAUUCAAAAAAGAAGCCAUGAAUAUCUUGGUAAAAUAUUUAAGUUUAAAUGAAAUUAAGAGCAUGAAUGCAUUAUUCAGUGACUUAGACGAAGAAAAUAAUGGAAGUAUUUCAAUGAAACUAUUGUUAAAUUCCUUGAAAAAUGCAGGCUCUUCAAUUGCAGCUCGGAACGAAAUUAAAGAAAUUAUUAAAUCGCUUGAUUUGGAUAAAAAUGGAAAAAUUAAUUAUUCUGAGUUUCUAGCUGCAACUUAUUAUUCAAAGCAUCAUAUACAACAAGAAGAGCUGUGAUUAACAUUUCUUCAUUUUGACGCAGAUAGGAAAGGAUAUAUCACAAGAAUUGAUAUAGAAAGAGCAUUUUCCAGGUCUGGACAUGCAUUAAAAGAGCAAGAUAUAAAAAAUAUUAUGAAAGAGUUUGGAAAGGAGCCAGGGGCAAAAAUUGGAUAUGAUGAGUUUGAAAGAUUGCUCAAAAUGUAA